AUGGCCGAACAGUUUUCCGCAUCGGCGGCCUUCACAAACAACACUGCGGAUGCCUGGGGAGAUGAUUGGGGCGACUGGAACGAAAAUACAGCGGCCGCACCGACCACAGCUGAUCCGGUACAGCCAAAAUCGUUACCCAUGGCUAACAAUGUGGCACCAAACCAAUACUUUCAUCAGCAAGCCCCACAUCAUCAGCAACAACCUCAGCAGAAUCAUCUAGGAAAUCAGUAUCGGGACGGCGGUACGAGUUUUGACCAUCACAAUCAGAACUAUCUACCCAACUAUAAUGUCACGUCACCGGGGUACAGUGUCGACGGAAGUACUGGAUAUCAGCAUCAGGCAGGAGCACCAUCGCCGCAACAACCACCCUAUGGCGGCGCAGUUAACAACAAUUUUUACAAUGCACCACCAACACACACGCCUCAGCAUCUGCAAGCCCCUAACCAACAACGACCCCCUACGCACCCGGCAGUUUCGACGACUCCACAGCUCGUACCCACCUUUAGUCAGACUAUUUCCGAUAGCUUCGAUACGUCCGCGGCCAAUAGCUGGAACUGGGCUGUGGCGGACACUUCAAACCGUGCAACUCCUUCAACCGUUCCUCCGCUGGGACCUUCGCCGAGUAGUCAGGUGCAGCGCUUGAAGGCGGAAACCCUGUCGCCGCAAUGGUCAAUUGAAAGUCAGGUAUCGUCCAGCGAUCGGUCAAUGGAGAGCGAACAUCGCGAUACCCGAAGCGCCACACUAAGGUCUUCUUCAACAAACCUUGCCCGACCAGGAAGUGGGAAUUCUUCAUACUCAAACAUCCAACCAACGCCACCGCCGGCUUCACCAGCAGCGCCAGCUUCAACAUCAUCCGCACCAGAUCGGUUGGAUGAAGUGCUGCAAGCUUUGAGUUUGAAACAGGAAAAAAACGAGCCGAGCGCAAACUUCGAAUCAGGCUUCCGGGAGCAAGCUUUCCCACCGCCACCUCCCUCGAUCGCUGGCAACAGCAACGGCGGCAAUGGAGGAUCACUGGUGAAUGAAUCGUUGCAUAACGUCUCGAAAGCUACGACACCUCCGUUGCCUCCGCCCCCGGUGGAAUCGCAACCCACGGGAGUUGCAGCGCCACCACCGAAACCAACGGCAGUGCGUGUGGCUCCACCAAAAGUGAACCAAGCGUCAGCGUCUGGCACAGUGAAUCCUUUCAAGCGUGCCGGACCACGAUCGCACAUUGCAACUCCGGGCCUUGGAGGACCGCUGCCUUCCGUAGCGCCGUCGAAUGCGUUCUUUCAACAGCAGCACCAACCGGCAGUGCUACAACCGGUGUUGCACGUUGACGAGAACCACGCCGUCGAUUCGUUGGUGCCGGAAAAUCAGGAAAUUCUCUCCGAGCCGCAGAUCUUGCGUGCUUCACCGAAACGCGAAGAGCCCGAGCUGGAAGUGGUGCACCCCAGCAACGAUCGCAAUCAGUACCUUCAGACGGGUCACCUCUCGGAAGAUGGUUAUAAUGGUACGGCGGAGACCAUUGCAGAAAGUGCGCCCGAUACGAACGACGGAAGGCUACCUCCGCCGGGACUGUCGCGUUACGUACCGGGGCAACACCAGCAGCCAACGGCCGGCCCCAGUUUUCCGGAACCACCGCCCGGGUUGGAUCGUAUGAUUCCUGGCACAGAUCUAACGACGAACGAUUCAGGCUUUUCGCUUGAACGGCAAGCGGAUGGCGGUGAGGUGUCGGAUCAACCCUCCGUUGUUUCGGCAGGGGCUUCUUCCCAUCUUCUUCAUCACCAUCACCAUCAUCAUCAGCAUCACAAUGCCGGCAACCGAGAGCGGGUUGAUAUGAGCGAUCGCAAUUUGUAUCGAGUGCCGGGUGAAGACGAUCAUCAUCAGCAGCAGCGCGUGGUGCCGGGACUCGAGAAUGAACGUAGCACCGCGGUAGGUGGUGGCAGCGGGUCCUUGCCACCGGUGCCGCAGCCACCGCCAAUGCAAGUUCCUUCAACCGGUACGGUGCCUACCGUUCCACGGGAGGAGCAGCGUGAGCUGGUUAUGGACGGUGCAAAUCCUGACGAUCGUCGCGAGGAACCCCUAGAAGGUGGUAAUGGUGGUAGUGGAAGUGAGGGUGUUGGUAGUGGACCGACGGGUUCGGUCACGGUGGAACCGGAUUCUAAUCGAAGCGAAGCCCAUGAAGCGUCUCGUCACCUUGAACCAUCCAACACUUCUACGGGUGAAGAAAGUGACAAAGGGAUCGGUGGUGGCGGUGGCAGUAGUGGCUUUUACAGCAAAGGCCGCCGGGAGGAGGACACGGUGCGACGAUCGAACAAAAGUAAAAGUUCGCGGGAUCGCUACGAUACGGAAGACUCCGAGUUCAGUGAUCGGGAACGCCGUCGUCGAGAGCGUGAAACAGGUGUAGCUGGUGGGUCCAGUGGUGGUGGGCCGGGAGUGGCCGCCCUGAGUAAUCACCAACAACAACGGGGCGAACGUUUGCGUGCUCGGGGUGGAGAACGUGAUAAGGACAAACGUAAGGAUGCUGCCCAGGAUCGAGAACGUGACCGUGAUCGUGAGCGAGAUCGUGACCGUGAUCGAGAUCGGGAACGCGAUCGUGAUUAUGACUACCGUGAUCGUGAAAGGAAUAGAUACGAACGUGGUGAUCGUGAUCGGUACGGGCGAGGCAACAAAUAUGAUCGCGAUACCCGCUACGAGACUGAUGGUUCAAAGUACGAAACCGAACGAUCUUCCGCACGGUACGAUAAGGAUGAUACGAAACAACGGUAUGGCCGUGACCCGCGGGACGAUUAUUAUCGCAAGCGGGGCGAUGACCGUGCUGGACCGGGCGACGAUGGGCGAGGACAUCGCGGUGCCGACAGGGAGAGUGAUCGACGUUUGCGAAAAGACAAGGGCGACCGCUCCGAUCGCUACCGGGGUGGCGAGGACCGUAGAAAAGAUGAUCGCUACCGUGAAGUGGGGGACAAGCGUCGCGAUCGCCACGAUCGUCGGUACGAUCCGGAAGAUUACCGUGCCGGCAGUAGAAAUGGCACGGAGCGUGACCGCCUCCGCGAUAGCCGCGAGCGCGAUGAUCGCAAAGAGAAAGAUCGCAAGUAUAUGGCCGGAGCAUCCGCCGGUGGUUAUGGUGCGCCGGGCGGCAGUGCCUACGGUCCUUCGGGUGGAUACUACGAUCCAUACAGCUAUUAUGCUCAGCACCAACAGUACUAUGAACAGCUGAGACGGACCAAUCCGCAAGCGUACGCUGACUGGUACCGGACGUACUAUGCGCAGAUGCAGGCAAGCCAGAUGCAGCGUGAUUUGCUGACCAGCGAUGGCCGCGAGUCGGUGCAUUCGGGGCGCAGCUCAACGAACGACAAGGAGCGGUUUAAUCGGACCACCCCGUUUAUGCAUGGUACCGGGUUGUACAAUCCGGAGGAGUACCAUCGUCAUUUCAAUAAUCAGUCGCUACCGUCGGCACACGCUGCGCCCGGUGGGGGCGCCGCGUCCGGCCACCUCUCGCUGCUCGAUCAGAGCUACAACAUGAGCGAAGUCGCUGGCCAGCCAUCGUCACUGCCACCGAUGUUCCACCAGCAAGCAUACCAGCAUCCGGCACAGCUUCACCAGCAAACAUUCCAACAGCAGCAGCGCGCUACGACGUCGCUUGCCGUGAACCGAACGUACCACGGCGAAACGGGCGGCCGCUACUUUCAACCAAGAAUCGAUCAAAUCGACGCGGCAGCGAUCAAGUCGGAAAAUACGACCGAGCUUUCGGUGAUGGAACCGGAACGACUGACGCCACGAAAGUUCCCCGAAAUUCACCCGAUCGUAAGCCUUUCCGGGGGAUUGCUGAUAUCGACGAAGAACCGCCUGACCGUGAACGGGAUGGCGGAUACGGUGAAGAUCUUCACCUUAGGAUACAGCGAUGCAAGUCGAAAAUUGUUCCAUGCGUACCCGGGACCGCUAGUGAAAGGUGUUACGCACAAGAAGUCUGUCAUCGAGUUCUGCGAGGAUCAGCUACGCUUGGGGCCACCCUAUAGUGGGGCGCUCGCGCUGAUCAAAUCGCGCGGUAACUCGAUCAAUAGUCUGCACUCGUCGUCGCUGGCGGCCGGCAUCAACCGGAGCUCCUUUUCGUUGUUGUGGAACUAUAUCAUUUUAUUACUACGACAAAAUGGCACUUUCGUUGGAACGGACAUUUCGGAGUUACUGAUGCAGAACAAGGAAGAGUAUCCGUUCGAGUCGAUACACACUAGCGCCGCACGGUCAGCCAACAUUAGUGGCCGUAAUUCAUCGCUUUCGGUUGCCGAGUUGCGGGAAGCUGACGCUCGGGAGGGAGCGGCGAGCGACGCCGGUGAGGACAGUCCACCGGUCGAUGGCGGUCCUAGUGGGCGCGAACUUGUACCGGAAGCGCCGAAAACGUUGUCGGAGCUAGAAAUAACCGACAAAUUCCGCAGCUACCUCAUCUACGGCAACAUAAGCGAAGCGCUCGAGUGGGCCACCGAACAUAACCUGUGGGGCCAUGCACUGUUCCUAGCAUCGAAGGUUGAUUCUCGGCAGCACGCGAACGUGAUGAUGAAGUUCGCCAAUAAACUCACGCUAAACGACCCACUCCAGACGCUGUACCAGCUCCUAAGCGGUAGAACGCCGGCAUCGGUUACGAGUGUUCUGGAUGAAAAGUGGGGUGAUUGGCGUCCGCACCUUGCGAUGCUGAUGUCAAACAGUUCGGCCAAACCGGAGUUGAUAAAAAAGUCGAUCACAACCCUCGGUGACACCCUGUUCCACCGGGGUGAUCUAUACGCGGCUCACUUCUGCUACCUCUUGUCCGAUGUGGCCUUCGGUCGGUUCGCCGACGUCAAGCAUGACGUUGGUGGUGGCGUUGGCGUCGGCUUCAACAAUGGUGCCGUCCGGUUGGUACUGCUCGGUGCCUCUCAUUAUCAGCGCAACUUCCGCGAACUGUCGACUAACGAGUCCAUAAUGAUGACUGAAAUCUACGAGUAUGCCCGCUCGCUGAACGAAGAUCGAUACUCCAUUACGGAGCUACAGCGUUACAAAUACUUACUUGCCUGCCGUAUGCUCGACCAGGGAAUGCAGCUGAAAUGUUUGCUCUAUAUGGAACAGAUCGCUGACCAGAUACAGCACGAUCCGUACCGCUUUGAGAUGGAAUUUGUUCGAAAGGUGUACACACUUGGCGAUCGGCUGAAGUAUUACGAUCCGGUGAUGGAGAAAGCGCUGGACGAAUCGGUCGAUAAUACGGGGCGUGGUAACGUUUACGCUGCCGUCGAGGAUCCCGAGUGGUUGAAGCGUCUACAGGAAAUCAUUCUCAGCAAUAGCAAUUCUCCAUCGGCGAGUGCCCCAAAUUACAAUGGCAACGCGCAAGAGGCGACCUAUGAUUAUGGCAAUCACUACGGUUACGGUGCCGAGCAGCCAACCUCGAAUAGUGGCUAUGCUGAGACUCAAGAACAACCGGCUUAUGCUGCUGCUGCGGUAGAAACGACCGACAUCAAUAAGCAGUUUAACGAAAUCAACCAUCAACUUGGACAGUUAAACUUGCAGUACAACGAUCAGCAGCAAUACCAACAGCAUCAGCAACAGCAAACUGCACCGGGAACAAUGACCAGCUAUGAUCAAGGGUAUGAGUCGAUCAAUCCUCCGUCGAUGAUGGAACCUGCGUACGAUCAAGCAUUGCAGCAACAGCAGCACCAAUUACAGUCGCAGGACAAUAAUGGCUACGAGCAGCAGCAAUUCAAUCAGCAUUACAACUAUGAGCAGCAUCAGCAGCAGCAGCAACUACAACAGCCUGGCGAUGGAACCAUCUUUACACCGGCGCCGGUCGCCGGUGACCCAUCAGCUCCGACCUCGUACGAGGGGGGCUACUGGGGUGCAGCUGGUAACAGUGAGGCACCGAAACCGACGAUCUCAAUGCCAAACUCCGUCUCGAAUCGCUCCGGCUUCAAUGACGAGACGGAUGAUGAACGACCCGUGGGAGGGCAAGCGCAGCGCGGAACUACUGGCCCGGGUACUGGUGGAGCGAAGCCGGGUCAUCCGAACAAUAAUGCAUCGCAAACGAAACAAAUGCCUGCACCAAAAGAUGCCAAAGCGGGUGCCGGAGCUGGCAGCGGUGCUCAGGGUUCGGGCUGGUUUGGCGGCAUCUGGAACAAGUUUUCGAUGAAACCGAAGAACCAGAUGAUACUUCCGGACGAUAAGAAUCCGAAGAUCGUAUGGGACGAAGUGUCCAAGCGGUGGGUAAACACGGACGAGAAUGAGGUAGAAACGGAAGCAUACAAACCACCACCCAAAAUGACCGAUCUCAUACCAAGUGCUGCGGCUCCGUUAGGGCCAACGGCACCCCAGUCGUCUGGACCAAUGAUGCCUACGCAAAACACUGGCCUCACGUUCCAGCCAAUGGCUCCCAACGCGAUCGGUGCAGCGAACGUCCAAACUCCUUCCGCCGGACCAGUUACCGUGCAAUCGAAUGCUCCCAAUCCGGCUCCGGUGGGCGCCGGUGAACCAACGAAAGUUCCAACUCUGCAAUCGAACAUGUACAAGAUGCAACGCAACCGAACACUCAAGCGAUCGUACGUGGAUGUGUUUAAUCCAUCCGGCGCUGCGCCGAGCCGUCCAACGGAACCCGUCCUAGCGCCAUCGGUUCCAACGCUACCGACCGCCCAAGGUGGCUUUUUCGUCCCCGACGGUACCGCAGCAGGAGGGCAGCAAUCGAACGAUGCAUCCGAGGGAAUGCCACAGUUCUACAAUCCAAACCAGUUUGCCGGUGCCGGUUAUCAACAGCGCCAGUAAGCGGGACCACUUUGGUCAUUCAACCGGAUUGCGAGAUCACGUGCCUGACGGCAGGUUUGGAACAGAGAAAGUAUCAGUCACAUUCACACAGUUACACCGCUCUAGUAGUGUGCAUCCGGCGGGAGUUUAUGUUUUGUCUUUUAUUUGCCAACUACUACCGAUGCUAAACACUUCCGCUGGAAUCGUUUGCUAUGUUGCGGGUUUUCGUUACUGGUUAAUUGCGAGGCCUUCAUGGCCACGUCCUCCUUUAUUAUUUUUUGUGUAUGUUCUUUGUUUUGACCUCUAAUGGCAGGAGGGUUUGUGUAUGAAAAGUAAUUACAAAAAGCAGAAACAACGGCACAGGCAUCAGAAACAAGGACCUGUCGCUUGAAUCGAGGGGCAGCUCGCCCGUCGAUCGUGUAAGUCUUUCGCUUACUUGUAGUUAAGCCAAACUGUGUUCUGAGCAAAUUCUGUUACUUCCUAUUCAGUUUUAUUAUAUUUUUUGUUUAAUGUUUUAAUGUUCGCAAUAUACCCCUGUCUCUGAAAGACCGCUGGUGCUGCUUCCUAUCCAUGAUCGAUCUGUGCAACCCGAGCACGGUUCGUUAAGAGAGAAUACCAAGCAUAUAAUCGGGGUUCGUUUUGAGGUGUUUGGUUGCUGUAUAAAAAUAUAUGUAUUGUCAGUUUGGCUACACAAAUGGUCAAUAUUAGACGGUGUGCAGGCGCAGAAGACAUUCAUAGUGAGAGUUAUCAUGUUUUUUCCUUAGUUUACAUGUUUUGUUGAAGUGUUUCGGAGAGGAAUUAGUUGUUGUCUUCUUUAGCAUUUAAGUUACUCGCGCCAGGCUCGAGUCGUCAGAGAUCGGAAGGGGUACUGCGCACGAAGCAACCGAAUGGGGUGGAACGUGUCUUUGUGAUAGUACGAACCGGGAAAAGGAUGUUGCUGUGUUUUAUGCUUCUAUAUUGUUUAGUUAGAAAGUGCUUCGUUAUACAGAAAUAGCUGUGUUUGUUUUAUUUCCUUCCUAUUAUGUUACACUGCAAGUGGUACGCAAGCGAUCGUCGUUCCCUCCUCCUGGUGACUGAUAAUGGCAAAACCGUAACUAUUUGAAACGGACGACUCCACAAAUCACGCAAUCACUCCAAUGGUCCUCUCAGCACGUUUGAUAUAAAAGAUGAUUAAAGUAUGGUCCCUCCUGCAGCCGCCUACAGUAGAACGCUCGAACUGCAGAAUGUAUAAUAUAUUUAGCCAAUUUGUCGACACAAUAAACUA